GCAACACCAGACAAUAAAUACGUCGCGCAUAUCGUGGUUCGCGUACAGAAUCAAGAUGGGUUUGGGAAGUGCUCUUUGUUUUGUUGCGUUUAUUGCAAUUGUUUUAAUGGAGGUUGCCGGGCAUCCGGGCUUCAGGGAUCUCUUCCCGAACGGACACGUAGUCCCGGACCCGUGCUCGGGUAUCCCGGGUGACACGUGGCAUAGAGUGGGUCACCUGAUCAAGAGAAAGGAAGAUGACGUGGCCAAAAAGCAGUACAACAACUUUGGCAAGGAUUUCCUUGAAAAGAAGAAUCGAGUUGGAAUGGGCGCAGAAGAAAUAUGGCCGGAUCUCUGUAAACUGGAUUCAGAUGGGGACGGACGUACAAACGGAGUGGAGCUCGGGGAUCCCAAUUGUUUGUGGUAUUUUGGCGAACCGUCCCCGGCAAACAUGACUAUAUAUCAUCCUGGUAUUCCCGAAAAUGCCAAUGGGACGCUGACGGAGCAGACGAGAUCAUCAUUUUGUAAUCUCCCUCUGGUGACUAAUGCUACAUCAACAACCACCGCAGCAACACCGUAACAGACUGGCGGGUCAAGGACAAACUACGCACAACCAUAUUCUCUGCUAGUAUGGAUCAAUGCUACAGACAAGGGAGACAACAAUAGCGAAUUUGGGUUUUAGAAAGUGCUUUUCUCUGAAGCAAUUUUGCAGCGUUGUGUAAUAUAGACUUCUACGUAAAGUGAUUGUCAAGUACAAUAAUAAUAACAAUAAUAAAAUGAUACAAUAUGUUA